AACUUCAAAAAUCAAAGAUUGUCGCCCAAUUUGUGCGGCGUGCACAUCUUUUUAUUGAAUAAUAGUUAUUUAUCGUAGAAACAUAAAACAUGAGCGUUCCACGUAAUUAAAUUAGGCACAUCAUUUAUCUAACUACUCCUCCACUGGACUCUACCGGGUUUUGCACUAGAAACAAUCAGUGGUACUUGUUACGACUUACGAGUGCGGUUUUGUGCUAAAGAAACUUAGAACGUGCUUAGAACUCUUAACACACACCAGUCACCACGUGUGCAAGAGUUCUAUAAUUAUAAAAAAUAUUUUUUAUAAAUCUGAUCGAACAACCAUCGGUGUGUUUUACAUUACUGCACAUUCUAAGAAACAAAUAACUUUUGGCCGGCGUCCACGUGCUUCAAAAACAUGUCAAAAGACGAUCUCCGUGAUGGACUCUCCGCUGCCGAGGUGUUCGCUAACAGAGAAGGUCUCACCUACAACGACUUCCUUCUGCUGCCGGGCUACAUAGACUUCACGGCCGAAGAAGUGGACUUAACUUCGCCCCUAACCAAAAAAAUUAAUCUCAAAGCUCCCCUCGUCUCUACGCCCAUGGACACGGUGACGGAGGCCGACAUGGCGAUAGCGAUGGCGCUGUGCGGCGGCAUCGGCAUUAUCCACCACAACUGCACCCCGGAGUACCAAGCUAACGAAGUGCACAAGGUGAAGAAGUACAAGCACGGCUUCAUCCGCGAUCCGGUGUGUAUGGGUCCCGGUAACACCGUCGCCGACGUUUUGGAGGCGAAAAAGACAAACGGAUUCACCGGAUACCCGAUCACGGAAAACGGCAAGCUGGGGGGCCGCCUGGUCGGCAUCGUCACCUCCCGAGACAUCGACUUCAGGGAGGGCGAUCCGCAUCUGCAGCUCAAGGAAGUCAUGACGCCCAUAGACGAAAUGAUAACCGCUCAAUCUGGGGUCACUCUCCAGGACGCUAACUACAUACUAGAGAAGAGUAAGAAAGGUAAGCUGCCAAUUAUAAAUGGUGCAGGGGAGCUCGUCGCGCUAAUAGCUCGGACCGAUUUAAAAAAGGCUCGAAGCUAUCCGAACGCCUCCAAAGAUUCCAACAAGCAGCUCCUGGUGGGGGCGGCCAUCGGCACCCGGGAAGGAGACAAGGAGCGCCUGAAACUUCUCGUCAGUAAUGGGGUUGAUGUCAUCGUCCUGGAUUCAUCACAAGGAAACUCUAUUUACCAGUUGGACAUGAUUAAGUAUAUAAAAAAAACUUAUCCUGAUAUACAAGUUAUUGCUGGAAAUGUUGUCACAAGGAUGCAAGCUAAGAAUCUCAUUGACGCUGGAGCCGAUGCAUUGAGAGUGGGGAUGGGCAGCGGCUCCAUUUGUAUCACUCAGGAGGUGAUGGCUUGCGGCUGCCCUCAGGCCACAGCCGUGUACCAGGUCGCCUCAUAUGCUAGACAAUUUAAUGUCCCGGUAAUAGCAGACGGAGGCAUCCAGUCCGUUGGACAUAUUGUGAAGUCAAUAGCUUUGGGAGCAUCCACAGUUAUGAUGGGAUCUCUGCUAGCGGGUACCUCCGAAGCUCCCGGCGAGUACUUCUUCUCUGAUGGAGUGAGACUAAAGAAAUACAGAGGAAUGGGCAGUUUGGAAGCUAUGGAGAACAAGGACGGAAAAGGUUCAGCUAUGAGCCGUUACUUCCAUAAAGAAUCUGACAAGCACAGAGUCGCUCAAGGUGUGAGCGGCAGCAUAGUAGACAAGGGCUCGGUACUUAGAUUCCUGCCCUAUUUACAAGCGGGACUGCAGCACAGCUGCCAAGAUAUUGGAGCUAAAUCUGUAAGUCGAUUACAAGAGAUGAGUUAUUCUGGUGAAUUGAGAUUCAUGAAGAGAACUUAUUCUGCACAGUUGGAAGGAAAUGUACACGGUUUGUUCUCGUAUGAGAAGAGAUUAUUCUAAGAAUAAACCUGCUUUCAUUGUGAUAUGUAUAUCUGCACUCCAUUCAUACAGUACCAAGAAAUUAUAACUUAUCUCGACAUAAUAUUUUUUACUCUUUAUAGACUUUAUGAAUUGUGACACACUGUCUGUAUUUUAGGUGAAAUAAUUUGAUGUGCUAAAAGUCCUUACAAUGUAAUAAAAAAACGAUUUUAUAUA